CUUUCCUAGUCGAGCUCUAAUUUUGCUUCAAGGUCUGAACAUGCAAAUUGUUUCACUGUCCUUUGUGUUACCACAGUGAUUUUUUAAAGACCCCAACUUUAAUUAGCCGUACAUGUUAUGUAUUUCUUUUGUUAUGCAAUUUUGGUACGCGACAGUUUCAGGGGGAAACUGUGUUGAUUAAUCACGACGCGGUGACAUCGGAAGAGGCGGUGUAGAGGGAGUGUGUAGGGUCAUGUGGGUAGCUCAUUUGAACUCGAGGCACGGUUAGCAUAAUAAGUGAAACCGUGACCAAACAAAGCACACUCGCCUUAGUAAAUACUGAGAGACGGAAAGAUGGAGACGCUCGUCAAAAUCGGUUUCUACAUUACAUGUUUCACUCUAAGCUAUGGAUUUAAUUUGACUAUUUUACACACCAACGAUGUUCAUGCACGGUUUGAACAGUUUGACAAGUAUGGAGGCAGGUGCUCGGAAACAGAGGCAGAAGCGGGGGAAUGUUUCGGGGGAGUGGCACGAAGAUACACUAAAAUCGAGGAAAUUCGUAACGCUGAACAGAACGUGGUGUUAUUGGACGCUGGGGAUCAGUUCCAAGGCACAUUGUGGUUCACUAUCUACAAGGGGAUGGCGACAUCAUACUUCAUGAAUAAACUGAAGUACGAUGCUAUGGUAUUAGGCAAUCACGAGUUUGAUAAUAAGGUUAGCGGCCUUCUUCCUUUUCUUCAAAACGUCACAUUCCCUGUAAUAAGUGCUAAUAUCGACGCCAGUAAUGUUCCAGAAAUACAAGGGCUGUUCAACAAGUCAACAGUAUUAGAUGUGGCCGGAGAGAAGAUAGGGGUUGUCGGUUGCACAUAUAGGGCCACACCGACCAUAUCAAGCCCAGGCAACUUGAUUUUUACCGACGAGGUUUCGGCUGUUCAAGCAGAGGUCGAAAGGUUAACGUCACAGGGUAUCAAUAAAAUCAUUGUAUUGGGACAUUCUGGGUUUUCUGUGGAUAAAAAGAUUGCUGAACAAGUGUCAGAAGUGGAUAUAAUCGUUGGCGGACACACUAACACAUUUCUUUAUACCGGUACCCCGCCAGAUAAAGAAAUUCCAGAAGGCGAGUAUCCAACCGUUAUAACCCAGGCGUCUGGUGGCAAAGUGUUAUUGGUUUCUGACUUUUGGAUGGCUAAAUAUUUGGGGCACUUACGUGUAACAUUCGAUGCAGCGGGAAUUGUGACAGCGUGGACUGGUAACCCCAUUCUACUGGAUAAAAACAUUACGGAAGAUAAUGCUACCCUAACAGAGAUGCAGCCGUGGCAACAACGAGUUACAGCAUAUGGUUCACAAAAGAUAGGCUACAGCCUGGUCUUCAUGGAUAAUGCGAAAUGCCGCCUGGCUGAAUGUGUUUUUGGUAAUCUGAUAGCAGACGCCUUAGUUGACACCUACUUGAAACCCACUGAUGGAACGAGAUGGACCAAUGCCUCCAUUGGCCUGUGGAACAGCGGCGGGAUACGAGCACCAAUCGAUAUUGGUGACAUUUACGUGUCAGACGUACUGAGUGCCGCACCAUUCGGUAAUGGUGUAGACAUCGUCAGGAUAAGUGGAAGUACGCUUUGGGAACUCAUGGAACAUUCUGUUUCUGAAUACGAGAAGAGAAGCGGUCGUUUCUUACAGGUCUCAGGUCUUCGAGUUGUGUAUGACCUGUCUAAGCCAGUGGGCCGUCGAGUGGUCAGCAUUGACGUCAGGUGCGCUGACUGUACAGUCCCCGAGUUCCAGCCCCUUGUUAAGACAAAAUCAUACGAUGUGGUCACCAACACUUUCUUAAUGGGGGGAGGAGAUGCAUAUGACGUUUUGAAAGAGAACAUUUUAUAUCCGUAUGGAAUAGACAGCCUAGAUUCAGAUGUUAUAAUGGACUUUAUCCAAAAGUACUCUCCGAUAUAUCAAGGAUUAGAAGGCCGAAUCAGGAUGUCUUCAGAAGAAAUGUCGUGUACAACCAGUAAAGCAUUCACACUUGCACCAACAUUUAUGUUGAUAUUGUUUGCACUGACAUUAAGAAAAUGCUUUAAUGUCGUUUUACUUUAAAGAUGGGAUUUGUAUUAGAGACUUUUGGCGUUUUCGAGUGAAAUGCACAUAUACCGGUAGUGAUAGACAAAAACGUACGCCAGAUUUGUAAAUAUCAAUGCUCUAGAUAGAAAUGUAUCGUGUAUAGAUGUUUAUAUAAAGAAAAAACUUUGUAGACGCACAAUUCAUUGUAUUGUUUCUAUGCAAAAAAUAUUCUAACAUUUGUGUAUUUGUCACUGACUUUAUCGAACCACAACCAAACAAACAUGUAUGCGCAAAAAAAUAAAUAAAUAAAUAAAUAAA